GCUAUCGUGGUGACAGAUGGAGAGAGGAUUCUGGGUUUAGGAGAUCUGGGCAGUUACGGCAUGGGUAUCCCAGUGGGGAAGCUUGCUUUGUACACAGCUUGUGGGGGAGUUCACCCACAACAGUGUCUCCCUGUCCUGCUGGAUGUUGGCACAGACAAUGAGGCUCUCCUGAGUGAUCCACUCUAUAUUGGACUGAAACACAAGAGGGUUCGUGGGAAACAGUACGACGAACUGAUUGAUGAGUUUAUGCAGGCAGUUACCAACAAGUAUGGCAUGAAUUGCCUGAUCCAGUUUGAAGAUUUUGCCAAUGCUAACGCUUUUCGUCUCCUCAAUAAAUACCGCAACAGAUACUGUACAUUCAAUGAUGAUAUUCAAGGCACUGCGGCUGUUGCAGUUGCUGGCAUCUUUGCAGCCUUAAGGAUCACAAAGAACAAGCUCUCUGACCAUAAGUUUGUUUUCCAGGGAGCUGGAGAGGCUGCAAUGGGCAUAGCUCAUCUCAUCCUCAUGGCCAUGGAAAAGGAAGGAAUCUCACGAGAGGAUGCCAUCAAAAAGAUUUGGAUGGUGGACUCCAAGGGACUGAUUGUGAAGGGCAGGAGCCACCUGAACCACGAGAAAGAAAUGUUUGCCCAGGACCACCCCAGUGUGAACACGCUGGAAGAGGUUGUGGAGAAAGUGAAGCCUACAGCAAUUAUAGGUGUCGCAGCCGUGGCAGGAGCUUUCACCGAGAAGGUUUUGAAGGACAUGGCAGCCUUCAAUGACAGGCCCAUCGUGUUUGCCCUGAGCAACCCCACGAGUAAGGCGGAGUGCACAGCAGAGCAGUGCUACCGCCUGACUGAGGGCCGGGGAAUAUUUGCGAGUGGGAGUCCGUUCUCAAAGGUGACCCUGCCCAGCGGCCAGACCUUCUUCCCUGGCCAGGGGAACAAUGCCUACGUCUUCCCAGGAGUGGCCCUGGGAGUCAUCGCCUGCGGAGUCCGGCACAUCUCUGAUGAUAUCUUCCUCAUCACAGCAGAGUCUAUUGCUGCUGAGGUGACAGAGAAGAAUCUUGCAGAAGGAAGACUCUAUCCCCCCUUGAACAGCAUCAGAGAGGUGUCUCUCAAAAUCGCUGUGAAAAUUGUUGACUGGGCCUACAAGCAGGGUCUUGCUUCAUGGUACCCUGAGCCGGCAGACAAGGCAGCCUUUGUGAAGCAGCUCGUUUACAGCCCCGAUUACGACUCCUUUGUUACCGAUGAGUACCAGUGGCCCCCCGCAGCCAUGCAGACACAAGUUGUUUAAGAUUUUGUGAGAACUGUUUUCUCAUUUUUACCAUCAGUUCCCGUGGUUCAUAUCAUUGCUGAUAUAAACGCACCUCCAGGCUUGCAGAAUGAUAAAAGUAAAUUAACUCAA